CCGAUGACGCCAGAAUGCCAAGCCACUGGCCUUGGCUAUGUGUUCACGGCGAAAGCGCCGCAUGAGAGUCGCCACACUUACAAGAUCGUACCGCCGGAAGAAGCCAUGGCCGGCAAUGCUGCUCGUGCCAGUGCUUCUUCUUCUAUGAGUACGCCGGUUAAACUGGAGCAUACCAUACGGAGAUCCAGAAAGAAGUCCACCACUCAGGAGCAUCUUAAAUUGAAGGUAGUAAAAGUAGAUCCCAUGAACCCAGCACCACCGAAGCCGGUGAGGCGCAAGACGGUGAAGCGCAAGCCGGCGAGCAGCACCAAAGAUGGUUCCCUUGCAGGGAAGAAGAGGAAACGAGGAAGUGGACAACUCGCUAUCGUUCCUUUCGAAGAGACCUUUUCUGCGUUGGUGCCCAUAGGAGUCAAGCGCAAGAGACCCAAUCUCAAAGUGAUAGGCCUCACCGCCGAGACGAAAAGAGCCCAUGCGGCUCUCGUGGAGUGGGAGAAAAGCACCAGCAACGAUUUCGAAGGGUUCGACAUAGGGAGCGGGCCCGAGUGGGAUGAAAUCCGGCGCGACUACGAGCGACGUGCGGAUGAGUUUAUCGCUCACAUGCACGAUUUGUUCGGACAAAGGAAUUUGCGUCCGUGGGGAGGAUCAGUCAUUGAUUCGGUGAUGGGUGCGUUUCUAACGCAAAAUGCUGGCGACCAUUUGUCAAGCAAUGCCUUUAUGUUCCUGGAGGCCAAGUUUCCAAACAAGCCACAAGAAAAUGCUCAACAUGUGGCUUUAAUAGGUCAUCUCAAUGAAAGCUUCAAUUUGACUCCUCAUCAUGGUGCGUUAGUUCCUGCCAAUAAUAGAACUAGAAUUAAUGCAAAAAAGAAAAAAGCAACAAUAGAAAGUGAGAAAGUGGACUGGGAGGCGCUUAGGAAGGAGAUAUAUAGAAGCUCUGACAUAAGUAGAGUCACCCCAAUCCCUGACAAAGUAGAUUGGCAAGCUGUACUAGAUGCAUCAGUGUACGUGGUUGCAGACACGAUUGCGUGCAGGGGCCAACAGCUAAACAUUGCAGAGAGGAUGCAGGAAUUUCUAAUGCUCUUAAAGACUAACCAUGGAAGCUAUAACCUGGAGUGGCUGAGAUAUCUGUCUCCGUACAAUGCUCAAAAAUUCUUACUAGGUAUACAUGGGAUUGGCGAAAAAAGUGUCGGUUGCAUCCGGCUUCUCACCCUAGGGCACCGUGCAUUUCCAGUAGAUGUCAAUGUCUGUCGUAUAGCCGUCAGGCUAGGCUGGGUUGAACUCGAAACGCCGUGGUCAGAUCUUGAGGAGGACAUUUUUCAUCUAGUUGACGAAUAUCCACUACUGCGUGAUGUGCAGAAAUACCUGUGGCCCCGGUUGUGCACCAUGGACAAGGAAAAAUUGUACAUACUGCACUGUGGAAUGAUUACAUUUGGAAAGGUAAUAUGCAGAAAGAAAACACCAAAAUGCACUGCUUGUCCUUUCCGUGCAAAGUGCAAGUACAACAAUUCCAGAGAAAAAGUCUGUCCUACACUUCCUCCUAUAGUGACUCCUGAGCUUGAAUAUGGUGAAUACCAUACAAGCUUGGUUAUUCAUGGGAACACUAACCGUGCAUAUAACUAUGAGCCCAUUAUCGAAAUUCCAUCAAGUCCGGAGUAUGAAGAUCUUAACGAUCAACUUUCUGAUAACUAUGGGCCCAUUAUCGAAAUUCCGCCAAGUCCGGAGUAUGAAGAGCACAACGAUCAACUUUCUGACAUUGAAGAUGCGGCAGAAGCAUAUUACCAAGCUAAAACAGACAGAUGUUUUGGCUUUUGGAAACCAGAAAACAGAAAAGAGAUGGUGCGAACAAGACCACAACAACAAACAAAUAAACUGAAAACCAUAUCCCGCCUGAGGACUGAACACCUUGCGUUCAAGCUCCCAGAUGACCAUAAAGUCUUGGAACAGUUUGAUAAGAAAGUUGAGGGAGAUCACGUGUCUUAUCUUCUGGUUCUUACUCCUUCAUGCAACGACGAUGAUUACUCAGUGAAAGGCACAGUUCUGAUACCCUGUCGGACAGCAAACCGCGGAAACUUCCCAUUGGAUGGUACCUACUUCCAGAACAAUGAGGUGUUCGCAGAUGACUCAUCUAGCAGUUUACCGGUAACGGUUCCUAGAGAAAGUAUCUCUCACCUGGAGAGAUGCACUGUAUAUAUGGGUUCAUCAAUACAUUGGAUCACACAAGGCCUAACCUACCCACAAAUUCAAGACUGCUUCAAGAAUGGAUAUAUUUGUGUAAGAGGAUUCGAUCGGAAAACAAGAGAACCAAGGGAACUAUGCGCGACGCUGCAUGCCACUGAAGACAAAAAGAAGGGAAAGAAAAGGGCAGGAGAUGAAUUUGCCGUCGGCCAGUGGGUGUAUGUCUGCCUUGAUCACGAUUUUGCACCUUCCAGAAAGAAGCUCCCUCCUAGUUUCUAUGGGCCUUACCCUGUGGCUGAGAAGAAUCUCGACAGGAUGUAUAGGCUGAAGCUUCCCCAGUGUGCACUCCUUGAUAGAGAUUUUCAUGUAAGCCAGCUGAAGCCUUUCAAUGGAGAUCCGCCAACCGAGCUGCCAUUGCUGCCUCCACAACGGGUCCUUGUGUCAAGAACUUCUCUCGGAGUGCGGAAGGUACUGGUGAAAUGGCCUGGCUGCCCCUAUUCAGCAGCAACAUGGGAAGAUCUCACAAAGUUUCAAGCCAACUAUCCUCAAUUCAAAAUCCAAGAUAAGCUACUCCGCGAUGAUGUCAUGUUUGGCCUUGUUUACCGGCGCCGCUCACUCACUCGUUUGGCCAAGUAUGGCCGUGUUUAUGUGCGCCGUGCGCGCCCUGCUGUGAGCAACUAAGUAUGACCUUACCUACUGGCGCCGGGAUGAUUAUGUUGGGUGCCACACUGCGGUAGCAAGGCCUUCCCAGGAUCAUGUUAGUGAAGAACGUCUACUAGUUGAAGUUGCAGUUGCUUUGCGUCAAAAGAACAAUGUAUACUUGUGGCGUGGAAAGCUAGGAAAUUGCAGUAAAUUGGAAACAGUUGUUGCUUGCACUGGAAAUUUGUAUGUUAGUUUACUGAAAAUACAUUUGUGGCGUGAAAAGCUUAGACGUUGGUGUAAACUUGAUUGGUGCGCUUGACAGGAUGUCAGGUUCGGCUGUGUCCAUCCACCCAUUUUGGACCUUGUUGCCUGCAAACUCUGGUGUGUGUGAUUAUUGGGUUACUUUGGGCAAUCACUGGGGAAGGUUCUGAAUUGAUUGUUGGUUAAAUUUGUCUC